UUCAACCAAUCUAACAAAGGUUUAAUCGGUAAUUCUAUCAGCAGCUCUAGCAUUGUGAUUAAAAAAAUAAUAAAAAGUAGAAAAUUGCUAUUUUAGAAACUAGAGUGGUGAAUUGACAGCAUUUGGAAAAGAAAAAAAAAAUUGUAUAUAUAUAUCUGCCCCUCCAACAAAACCAAAGCAAUACGCUGUGUUCUAUGCAAUGGAUUUGAGGAGAAUUCCCAGAAGAUUUCAGGUGAUUUUGAUGGAUGCUUGCUUCGUAAUUGGCCUUUUGCUGUUUCUUUGUACAAAUGGAGUUGAUAGCAGAAAACAUCCCAAAUUGGAGUGCUAUGAGUAUCCCUCUAUAAGUUGCAGAUCUCAUGAGGCAUCAUUGGCAGAUUUUGGAGGAGUUGGUGAUGGAGAAACUUCAAACACUAAAGUUUUUCAAGCUGCAAUUGAUCAUCUGAGCCAGUUCUCAUCAAAUGGUGGAUCCCAACUUUAUGUUCCUCCAGGAAGAUGGCUGACUGGAAGUUUCAAUCUAACUAGCCAUUUCACUCUCUAUCUUGACGAGGAUGCUGUUCUGCUUGCCUCUCAGGAUGAAAGUGAAUGGCCUGUGAUUGAACCAUUACCCUCCUAUGGUAGAGGAAGGGAUGCAGAAGGUGGAAGGUAUAGCAGUCUCAUUUUCGGAACCAACCUUACUGAUGUUGUGAUAACAGGUGCCAAUGCCACAAUUGAUGGUCAAGGUGAUCUCUGGUGGAAAAAAUUCCACAAUGGAGAAUUGAACUACACCAGGCCUUACCUGAUAGAAAUCAUGUAUUCCAGUAAUAUUCAAAUAUCCAACCUUACAUUGAUGAACUCUCCUUCAUGGAAUGUACAUCCUGUUUAUAGCAGCAAUGUUAUUGCACAAGGUUUAACAAUUCUUGCACCAGUGACAUCUCCAAACACUGAUGGGAUUAACCCAGACUCGUGCACAAACACCAGAAUUGAGGACUGUUAUAUCGUCUCUGGAGACGAUUGUGUAGCUGUUAAGAGUGGCUGGGAUGAGUAUGGUAUUGCGUUUGGGAUGCCUACCAAGCAACUUAUGAUCAGAAGGCUCACUUGCAUUUCUCCGUUCAGUGCAGCAAUUGCAUUGGGGAGUGAGAUGUCCGGUGGCAUCCAAGAUGUCAGGGCAGAAGAUAUCACAGCUAUUGAUACAGAAUCAGGUGUUAGGAUCAAAACUUCUGUGGGAAGAGGAGGUUUCGUAAAGGACAUAUAUGUAAGAAGGAUGACAAUGAAAACAAUGAAAUGGGUAUUUUGGAUGACAGGAAAUUAUGGUUCUCAUCCUGACAAUAAUUACGAUCCAAACGCAAUUCCUGAGAUUAAAAAUAUCAAUUAUCGUGACAUGGUUGCUGAAAAUGUAACGAUGGCAGCUAGACUGGAGGGCAUUGCUGGUGAUCCAUUCACUGGAAUUUGCAUAUCUAAUGUGACCAUUGGGCUCACAAAAAAGCCGAAGAAGCUUCAAUGGAAUUGCACUGAAAUUGCAGGGAUUUCGAGUGAUGUGACCCCAAAACCUUGUGAUCUACUCCCAAAUCAGGGGCAAGGGGAGAUUGCAUCGUGCAAUUUUCCUGAAGACAGCCUGCCAAUUGAGAAUAUUGAGGUAAAGAUGUGUUCUUCUAGCAGGAAGAAUUGGUGACUCGGAACAAUGUUUCUGUACAGGGCAACUAUUGUCUGCUUGUACUAUUUAACAAUUUAGAAUGAACUUAAUCCACAAUAUGUGAGGCCAUUACAAUGACCUCAUGAUGUGCCCACAAAUCCCCCAUUGUAAUAGAGAUGGUUGCAAAGCUGAAUCUCAAAACAUCAAAUACAUGGAAACUACAACCAA